AUGGCAGUUGUGGGAGCAGGACUGGUGCUGCUGCUGGGAUUACUGGUUAGCGCCCACUGUGCCGUCAGGGCCCGGGACCCCGGGGUGGGGGAGGAGGAGGGGGGGGCCCGGCACCCCGGGGAGGAUGGGGGGGCCCGGCACCCCGGGGUGGGGGAGCAGGAGGAGCCGGGACCAGGAGGAGGACCAGACACCCCUCUGGGGGGGACGGGGAGUCACCCAAACACCCGGAUCGGGAACUGGUGUUCGUUCGAGCAGAGGCGUGUGGUGAAGGUCCCGGAGGUUUCUGGAACAGAAACAUUCGUCAUGAAGUCUCAGAGUCUGUGUCCCAGCGGGGCGCCCGACUGCAAGCUGGACAUGUACAAGAUGUCCACCCGGCCGGUCUACAAGCACAAGGAGAAGGUGCUCAGCGCUCUGCUGUGGCGUUGCUGUCCAGGACACGGAGGACCCAACUGUGAGGACUCAGAUCCAAAACUGGACUCUGAAGGACCUGAACUGAGGAGGACUGACGUCCACAGGCCAGAUGCAGACGAGGCUGGCUCCGUCCCCCAUGCUGCUGGCUCCGCCCCCCACGCCGCUGGCUCCGCCCCCCACGCCGCGCCCUCGUACGACCCCGGCGUCCUGGCCGUCCCCCACAUGAUGACGCUGCUCAUGUCCAAGCUGGAGCACCUGAACCGGCAGGUGGAACACCUGGACCAGCAGGUGGGGGUCCUGACCCACGACGUGGCCCAGCUGAAGAGGGGCCACCCUGGGGUGCAGCAGCACCCGGGGGUGCAGCAGCACCCGAGGGUGCAGCACCCGGCGGGGGUCCCGGACGGGCCCCCGGACGGGCCCCAGCGGGACGAGGGAGCACAGCACCCCGACCCGACGCUCAGCGGCCUGUUUGAGCAGGUGCAGCAGAUCCGGAGGCAGGUGGAGGAGCAGCAGGUCCAGGUGGACGACAGGUUCCACUCCCAGCAUGCAACGCUGCAGCACAACCUCACCAGCCUCAAGAUGGACGUCGACCUGAAGCUGGAGCGGCAGCAGGAGAUGCUGCUGGCUAGCCUGCAGGCCAUGAACGCUACGCUAGCCGACGUCAGGUCGGACCGGGACCAGAACCCGGACGCCGGGUCAGGUGACCCGCCCCCGACUCCGCCCCCAACUCCGCCCCCAUCAGACUCCGCUGCGCUCUGGUUGGCCUUCGCUCGUCUGGACGACAUGGUGGUCAACAACACGGUGAAGGUGGACGGGCUAGCGGAGGACGUGGACGUGACGUCGGGCGACGUGCAGCUGCUGCGGCGCCACCUGCAGGAGCUGGAGCAGCAGAUCAACCAGACAGCGCGGACGGGCCAGAUUCUGUUCAUGGAGACGGGGCUGGAGGUGGAGGCGUCCCGCGAGACGGUGCUGCGGCAGCUCGACCAGCUCGCGGCUAACGUGUCGCAGCACGAGCGCCGGCUGCUGGACGUGGACGUGGACGUGGACUAUCUGUACGACAACCUGUACCGCCGCAACCUGUCGUCGGACUGCGACUGCGCCGCAGUGAAGGCCGCCGUGGCCCGGCUGGAGAGGGGCGUGGCCAACGUGACCGAGCUGGCCAAUGAGAACAGGAUGACUCUGGACGAUAACGGCCAGGGGGCGGAGCCGUGGGGCGGGGCCAGCGACUGGACGCUAGCGGUGGAGUCGCUGCAGAACGGACUCCAACAGGUGCGGGAGUCCCAGUCCUCGGAGGAGUCCCGGACCACGGUCCUGGAGCUGAGCCUGACCCGGGUGGAGGCGUCUCUGGCCGGGCUCCAGCAGGCCGACUCCCACCUGGGCGAGCAGGUGAAGCUGCUCUCCGCCUCGUUCCGGGCUCUGCUGGAAGACGCCAUCCGGCACAGCGAGGUUCUGCAGCUGCUGCUGGGGGAGGAGGUGCUGGAGUUCCUGGAGUGGCCCGUCCAGGACCAGGAGGCCCUGUCCAUCCCGGCCCUGAGGGAGGAGCUGCGGGGCCUGCAGGAGCAGCCGCGGGGGCGCAGGGGAGGCCUAGAGGAGGUUCCGUCUGCCGACCAGCCCUGGCCACGCCCCAUGCCGGGAUGGCCGCCUAGCGGUGGUGGCGUAGCAGCGAGGGAGCACCAUCAGGUGCUCCUCCACCCUGACGACAGACACCACGCCGGAGACGGCGGCGACCUGUGGAGGCUGGAGAAGACGGUGGAGAAGCUGGAGGCGCGGCUAGCCCUGGUGGAGGCGGGGCUUAGCAGCGAAGGCCCCGCCCACGAGGAGUCGGGGCUACAGGCACAGGUGACAGCGCUGAGGGCGGAGCUGGAGGAACACCUGACGGUGUUCAGGCACGUGUUCAGCAACGCCGACGUGCUAGCGGUGUCGGAUGCUACGCUGGAGCUGGACAAGCUGUGGAGGCUGAUGAAGAGGAGGGAGAGGAAGAGAGGAGGAGGAGGAGGAGGAGGAGGAGAAAGAGCAGCACUCCGCAGCAGGAGGAAUCCACCAGGUGCGGCGCUAACCGGUCGGUCCGACGCCGCCCUGAUGUUCGUGGGUCGGUCUCCUCGCCGCGUCUCCGGCCGCGUCUCCAAUCGUCCAAUCAGCUGACCGAUCAGCUGACCGAUCAGCUGACCGAUCAGGCGGAGACCUUCCCCCGAAGCACCUUAGAGACGGACGGCGUCAGACGCUGUACUUUAUUCUUAUUUACAAACUGAACCUUCAUCUGCUGAAGUUCCAGCUUCAAUUUCCACCUAAACGGUUCCAACGCCGAGCAGCUCCGAGGACACGCCCCAAAAGAGAGGACACGCCCCAAAAAAGAGAGGACACGCCCCCAAAAGACAGACACGCCCCCCAAAAGAGAGGACACGCCCCCAAAAGACUGACACCGUCAGCCCUUAUGGGUUUUUUUGGUUCCUCCCGCACAUUUUCUGAUAUAUUGUAUUUCUUUUUUUAUUUCCUUUUUUUCUCCAUACUGUUCGUCUGUACUUUUUAAAACUGUUGUAUAUUUUUAUGUGAAAAUAAACUCAAACUAAACUAAAAAACUAAACACCGUCACCGUGGGGACCAGCAGGAACAACCGUGUCCACCAUGAAACUAGGAUGACUCGGCAACUCUCGUUAGCAUGGCAGGUUAGCGUAGCUAAGGUGGGCGGAGUCCCGUCUCGGCGCUGUCCAGGGUCCUGACAGACUCCAGGAAAAAAGGCUUUUAUUUUGAAAGUUUGUGAGACUUUAUUCAACCAUGAAAUGUUGUAGACUCAAAUUUGUCCCAGAUCUGAACUUCUAAGGAAGAGUAUCAGGGCCAGGCAGCAGAAAAAUAAAAGUAAUAUUUUAGAGGAGGAAGAUUUUUUUUUCAUUAUGCACACAAAAAGUCAAAAUGUCGAGAAAAAGUUGAGAUGUCGAGAUUAAUGUUGAAGUACAAUUUCAAGAAUAAAGUUGAAAUGUUGAGAGUAAAGUCAAAAUUUUGACUUUAUUCACGAAAUUUCUUGAAAUUGUACUUCAACAUUAAUCUCAACAUUUCAACUUUUUUCUCUACAUAAUAAAAAAUCUGCAUAAUAAAAAAAAAAUCUUCCCCUCUCAAAUAUUUUUUCUCCUGCCUGGCCCUGAUACUCUUCCGUAGAACUUCAGACUGAAGAAAGAUGUUUGUUUUAUCUGUACUUUGAAGCAUCAAAAAUACUUUUCUCUGAUUCUUGCUCUAAUAUUAAAAACAAUUGUGAACUUCUUGUAUUUUUAACUGUUUAUCUGUAUUAAUUUGUAAUUAAAAUAUGUGAUGAAGAGUAGUUGAUGUGCUUGAGAUUGGACAGACGUGUGACGUUGUUUAAGCAUCGACCGUCAGGAAGCUAAUUUAACAUCUCCUUUCACUGCUAUGCUGAUGACACGCACAUUUACAUGCCAUUAAAACACAACUCGUUUUUUAAAAGUUUACUCCACUGCCUGGAGGAGAUCAGAGCCAGGAUGGCUUU